AUGCCCCCCUCCCCAACCACAAUCACGACGACCCCCCAACCCUUCCACUUCAAAAUCGACAUCUACACCGACACAGUCUGCCCCUUCUCCCACCUCGGCUUCCUCUCCCUCACCACCGCCGUCUCCUCCUUCUCCCCCCCGACCCCGGUGACCUUCUCCCUAACCUACCACCCCUACAUCCUCUACCCCAACUCCCGCCCCUCCUCCCGCAAACUCGGCGCCGCACUCACAUACAUCUACUCCUCCCACACCCGCACAACCUCCAUCCUCACCCACCUCGACAAUCUGGCCAGCACCUACAACAUCAAGUUCAACUGGGAGGGGAUGACCGGCAACAGCAGGGACUCGCACCGGCUGAUCCUAUUGGCACAAUCCCGCUUUCAAGCAUCCCCCUCCCAGCAAAACCUCCGACGCUUCAUGUCGCGCCUCUACCAAGCCAGCUUCCAACGCGGCCGCGACAUCUCCUCCAGACAAACCCUGGCCGAACUAGGGGUGGAGGCAGGAUUGUUCGGGACGGUAGACAAAGGGUUGGAAUGGUUGGACUCGGGGGCUCUAGGGGAGGAGGUCGACAAAGAAUGCGAAAAAGCCAAGCAAGAAAUAGGCGUCAGGGCGGUACCAAGCUAUGUCGUCAACGAAAAGUACGUAGUGGGGGGGAUGCAAGACCCGGUCGUGUGGCUGUCUUUGUUUGACAAGAUCAUGCGACAGCCCACAUCACAGCUGCAGGGUGGUGGUGAACAAAAGGGGGAGCAGCUUGGGAGGAGGGAGGAGCACGGGGGAAAUUGUAGGGUUGUUGCUGUCGAAAAUGACACAUAG